UCUCCCGCAAGCAGCUCUCGUGUUUUAUUUAAUUGCCCCCAGUCAUCUAUCUUUCUCUAAUAAUUCAAAUUUCCUCUCAUAAUAUAUUCACCACGCCUCGCACAUGCUCCUCUGCCUCCAAAGCUAACACCUUUUUGUCUCUCCUCUUUCACCCUCCACUCUUAGCAAUGGAGGAAGCAGCAGCAGCCCUCAUCACUUCUUUGAUCCCCACAUGGAGCGCUGUGAUUGUGCUGUUCUCUUAUUUGGGUUACUUGGCAUUGGCUGGAUCUCUUCUUCCUGGCAAGAUUGUCCCGGGUGCUGUCCUCUCCGAUGGCUCCCGCCUCCGAUAUCACUGCAACGGUUUAUUGUCACUUGUUUUGUUGAUGGCCCUUCUUGGGGUUGGGGUUCAAAUGGAGUUGGUUUCUCCUACGGUUGUAGCAGAUAAAGGACUUGAACUGCUAUCUGUUACUUUUAUAUUCAGUGUCUUGGUAUCUCUGAUACUCUAUGCUAUGGGUCGCAGCUCUUGUGACCAGAGUUCCUCCUUCAAACCUCACAUCACAGGAAACAUGCUCGAUGAUUGGUGGUUAGGGGCACAGCUGAACCCUCGAUUUAUGGGAAUCGACCUCAAAUUCUUUUUUGUUAGAGCUGGAAUGAUGGGAUGGUUAUUCAUUAACCUCUCUUUGUUAGCAAAACUCUACCAAGCUGGCAAUGUCAACCUUUCGGUCAUUCUUUACCAGCUCUUUUGUGGGCUUUACGUUAUAGAUUACUUCUUUAAUGAAGAGUUUAUGACCUCAACGUGGGAUAUCAUUGCUGAGAGAUUGGGCUUCAUGUUGGUUUUUGGAGACCUGGUUUUCAUUCCUUUCACAUUUACAAUUCAGGGUUGGUGGCUUCUGAAAAACAAAGUUGAACUAUCAAAAAUAGCUGCCAUAUCUAGUUGCCUAGUUUUUCUCAUUGGCUAUCAAGUAUUUCGAGGCGCCAACAAACAAAAACAUGUAUUUAAAAAGGACCCUAAAGCUCGCAUAUGGGGUAGGCCUCCAAAAGUCAUUGGAGGCAAACUACUAGCUUCUGGUUACUGGGGAAUUGCAAGGCACUGUAAUUACCUUGGAGAUUUGCUUCUAGCACUUUCAUUCAGCUUACCAUGCGGAACAAGUUCUGUGAUUCCCUACUUCUAUCCUAUAUAUCUUCUCAUACUUCUUAUAUGGAGGGAGAGAAGAGAUGAAGCAAGAUGCUCACAGAAAUACAAAGAAAUCUGGGCAGAAUACUGCCAACUUGUUCCUUGGAGGAUACUGCCGUUUGUUUACUAGGGGUGCAUAUUUACCUCUUGAAACUUAGGAAGCAUAUGGUGACCUUUAUUGUAGUAUCUUUGUACCAAGCAAAAUGAGUGGAUGAGAAUUUAACGUUUUGUACGUAGAAGACAAUUUAAUUUGAUUUGGCGCUUGCCUAUGUAAUAAGAUGUUCAUGUUCCUGAGUGUUCAGCCUAUCCUUCGUUAUACUGCCAUUAAGUUUGAA